UAGGUUGCAUCAGUGCUGAGCAAAGAUAGAACAGCUGAAAGGAAUGGAGAAGUCGAGAAGCUUUGGGAAAGGCUGAUAAAGAUUUGGAGGGUUAAUCAUCUGCCAAUAGGAGUUAGGCACUGCCUCCACCUUGUCACCCUCUCAAGCCUUCAGCUGAUCCCUGGAUCACAUGCUGGACUUUACUGUUGCUUUCCAGCCUGAUCCUUUCGGGCACACUUCACUGCAGCUCAGCCAUGGCCAAGGCAGCUCCACGCACUGUGCUGAUCACCGGCUGCUCUUCAGGCAUCGGACUGUGCAUGGCUGUGCAACUAGCACGGGAUCCAGGAAGGCGAUUUCAUGUCAUUGCCACAAUGCGUGACCUGCGCAAAAAGGACAAGCUGGAGGCAGCAGCGGGGGACACACUCAACCAGACCCUCACCAUUCAGCGCCUGGAUGUCUGUAGUGAUGAAUCUGUAGCUGAAUGCAUUAACAGCCUUCCUGAGAAACAGCUGGAUGUGUUAGUGAACAAUGCUGGUGUGGGGCUCAUUGGACCCCUGGAAACCAUCACCAUCGAUGCCAUGAAGCACAUCUUUGAGACCAACUUCUUUGGUGCCAUCCGCAUGAUCAAGGCUGUGCUCCCUGCAAUGAAGCAGCGCCAGAAAGGACAUAUUGUGGUCAUCAGCAGUGUCAUGGGGUUGCAAGGUAUCCCUUUCAAUGAUGUCUACGCUGCCUCCAAGUUUGCCAUUGAGGGUUUCUGUGAAAGCCUUGCUGUGCAGCUCCUCAAAUUCAAUAUCUUCAUUUCUAUGGUAGAGCCCGGCCCUAUAAAUACCGAAUUCGAGAUGAAGCUGAUGGAGGAAGUGGGCAAGUCUCAGUUUCCAGGAGUUGACGCUACCACUGUGCACUGCUUCAAGGACAUCUACCUGCCAGCCUCACAUGAAAUAUUCACCACCAUGGGCCAGUCCCCUGAGUCUGUGGCUAAGACUGUGGUCAAUAUCAUUGCAAAAGAACGCCCACCAUUCCGGACCCAGACAAACCUUCUGUACACACCAUUGGUGGCCCUAAAAUACGCCGACACCUCCGGUGAACUGUCCGUCAGUGCCUAUUACAACCUACUUUUCCGCUUCACCAGACUUUUCUACAUCAGCACAAGCUUCCUCAAAUGCAUUACAUGUCGGUGUUUUCGGCGCCAGAUCACACCUACCUGAGACCAAGUGGAGAAUGGCCUUGAUGGUGGUGUGCACUCACUCCUCACAUGUCUUGCUAAAUUACUACAUCUGACCAGAUUCAUCUAUGUGUAUAAGAGAUUUUAUUAGGGACAAACCCAUUCUUGUCAUAAGGAUAGUAAGUCCUGGUGAUUGUGUAGUGGGAGGUGGAGAUCAAGCAAGUUGAUCCAGCAGGUUUAUCCCACAACAAAAUCAGAAGUCCAAAUAUCCUACUCAUGGGGACAAACACUAGCAAGAGCAGAAGCCCACAAUUCCAUCAAGGUAUAUUCUUGCAAUGGUAAAUCCUAUCACCUCCACUAAAUGCAACUUUUUAACCCAAAUAGGAAGGUAAAAGCUAUGAAUUGCCUUGACUAGAAAUCCUGGCCCAGCAUUCAUGAUGUCCUCUGUCCUUUUUACCAAUUUUGGCAUACCCAUUUUUAAUGACUAAAAUGGUCACUGGGAUGGGGAAUAAUUUUUCUCAGAUUAACCCCAAAUUUAACUUUUCCAAAAGCCAAAAUGGCUGGUUGGCAAAAUCACUGGAUGACAUAAGACUGACAUUCUUUAGCCCAACUAUUUUUGUUUUUAAACUUUUGGAAGAGUUUGCAAGGGAGCUGCAUUUGCUCAUCUCUAGCGUAGAAUUUAGCUGACAAAAAGAGUUGCUGAUAAUGUGCAAAGUUCUUCACUCUAUUGCAUGUUCACUUGAUUCUUAUCCUCCUUGGUGAUCUGUAUGGAUAUAAGGAAAAUCAUGCUGCCCUUUUCCCAAACCUCUGUGAUUUAUAUUUUUUGAAAUAGCUUUUAUGAGCAGAGC